CACCUGACUCGGCUGCGGACUGAGACACACACAAGGGAAGUGAUCGUCGCCGGAGUCAGAUCGUCUGGCUCGGGACCCCCGCGCGCCAUGCCGUCCGAGAAGACCUUCAAGCAGCGCCGGAGCUUUGAACAAAGAGUGGAAGAUGUCCGGCUCAUCCGGGAGCAGCACCCCACCAAGAUCCCAGUAGGUUCUCCUGCCGCAAGAGGGGACCCUAACCCCAUAGGAGCCCCCAGGAGUCCCGGGAAACCACAGGCCCCUGAUCUGAGCAGAGGGAAAAGGGGCAGGCGGGUGAUUAUAGAGCGAUACAAGGGGGAGAAGCAGCUGCCCGUCCUGGACAAGACCAAGUUCCUGGUGCCUGACCACGUGAACAUGAGCGAGCUCAUCAAGAUAAUCAGACGGCGCUUGCAGCUCAAUGCUAACCAAGCCUUCUUCCUCCUGGUGAAUGGGCACAGCAUGGUGAGUGUGUCCACUCCCAUCUCCGAAGUGUACGAGAGUGAGAGAGAUGAAGACGGCUUCCUGUACAUGGUUUAUGCCUCGCAGGAGACAUUCGGGACAGCAAUGGCUGUGUAAGACUCCAACAAAGCCAAUGGUUGUUAAGCCCUUACCAAGGCAAAAAGGGAUGUUACCAGCGGACGCUGGACGGCUCACCACCCACAGAUGAGAACGUAGGCACCCACAUAGGGUAUUAGGAACUGUUCAUCAGCCAGAAACUGAGCUCCAUGCAAGUGCACUCAGCUUGGAAACUCGUCUAAACUAGGCUAUUUUGUGUUCAAACUUUAGAAGUUAAAAAUAAAAUACUUUUUGCAUCCUAAGUUGCCAAUAAAAAGAUCAAGUUAUUUUGACAUUUUUCUCCCUAGUAGGGACUUAAAACAGAAGAGCAGUGUCAGGGGCAGUCUCUUCCUGGGACCUGCUGCCUUCUCUAAAAGGGCUCCCACUCAGCAGAGAAGCCCCUCUGAAGGCCCAGGUUGCCUAGCAGAGGCCCCCAGAGGGCCCUGGCUUUGCCCUAAGCAGGUCUGGUGUUGUAGGAUAUAGCUCUAAGCCGGGUCCUGGUCUUGACCCCAGCCACACCCUUUCACUCAGCAGUGCAGGGACAUGCAGCUCGCUGCUGUCUAGAUGUUACCAUACGCCCUUCUGCUGAGGCCAGGUCUCCGCUUGUCCAGGGGUUGCUGACCCAGCUUAAGCGACUGGAGAGCUGUUUCUCUCCUGGUUUGAAUUCUGUCUGGUCCAUGCCUGCUUCAGGGAGAGCAAGCGCUGGCCUUAGGAUGUGGUUGUCAAGUGGUAGACUGCAAGUCCAAUGCUCCAGACUUGGCUCACAGCUCUUUGUUGGUGUGUAACUGUCUCUGUAAGGGUGGUUCUGACAGCUGUUGGGAUUUCCCCAUUUCAUGUCAGUACAUACAUGUCAGCUGUGAGGACAACAGCAACAGAAGACAUGCUUUUGAUAGACAUGCCACUUCAGCUAAAGCUAGCCUCUGCUUCCUGCAUGUGGCCCGCUGUGACACCAGGCCAUCCCUGGUCACUCACUCACUCGUGGUCUGAGGAUCUCAGAGCUGCCUGCUGUCAUGGACUGAAGCCAGCAUAGCCACCUCCCACCUAGCUCCCCACAGGCACCCACCUUCCCUGCAUGCAGCUGUCUUUGCUAACCCUCAAUGUUAUUUUACACUGUAAAUUCUCACUGCUCUGUCUUGUGUAGGUUGUAUACGUCAUUAUGUCCCUGGUUUUUAUAACUAUGGUGCGAUCAGUAAGGAUUCCUGUAAUACUGCUUUAAAGAUGCUGCUCAGAGGGCGGGCGGCCUCCAUUAUAGGACACCUGUACACUCUGAUGCACUAAUAAAGGCACAACGAACCUGUCCUGAGUGAUGUCUCAUUGUCAUCGUGGGAACUGGGCUCUGCAGUAUACCCAGGCUGCUCUUGCUGGGGAGGAGAGGAGAGGGGAGGGGCGGUAACCUCCUUUCCUUGGUCGAUACCUUGCCACCAGCUCCUGCUUUUAAACUCAAUCUCUGACUGACCUGCCAGCUAUCAGGUGCCCUCUGGUGCCAUGGGAACACACCAAAAGAUUUACUCAUGUGGAUAGCUGCUGGCACUUGGGAGGACAUUGUAACCAACUUCAGCUUAGAGCAGACGGCAGGCUCUGCAAAGCUGCUGCAGUCUCCUCGGGGCAGCCUGGACACUACUCUGGGUGGCAGGCGCCUUUGGGGUCCAGCAGUGUUGUCAGCAGGUCCUCAUCCUGGAAGGGCAGGGCAAGUGAUAGCCUAGAGUCCUAUGUAACAAUGUUUAAAGCUGAGAACCUUGACAGCCACGAAUGACAAAAGAUCUGAGAAUGGCCCUAUGUGGUGGCGCAUGCCUUUAGCCUUUAAUCCCAGCACUCGGGAGGCAGAGGCAGGCGGAUUUCUGAGUUCGAUCGAGGCCAGCCUGGUCUACAAAGUGAGUUCCAGGACAGCCAGGGCUAUACAGAGAAACCGUCUUACCCCCCGCCCCCCCAAAAAAUCUGAGAAUGGUGAACAUGUUGAGUUUUUUUUUUAAUUUUUAUUUUCCGUACAUUAAAUUUACUCAUAAAAACAGUC